CAGGAAUGUGGAUAAAUAGCGCCGCCCUCGGAAGUCACACCUUAAGCAGUUGAAGCUGUGGAGGCCGAUGCAGAAGCGCUGCACAACUGUGGAGAUCUGCUGACUCUGCUUCGCUGUCCAUGCAUGAAGAAAGAUGAACAGGAUGCUCUGCUGGGUGCUCGUCCUGCUGCUCGCUGCCUCCGUCCAGGCCGACGAGGAACCUCACUUCUCGUACUCUCCGGCCGUCGGCUCGGCCAGCGGCGCCGAGUCCACUCUGACGGGAAACGGCCGCAUCACAGCAGUCCGAGUGUGGUCGGGUUACAGCAGCUUCAUUUUCGGGCUGCAGCUCCGAUUUGGCGCCAUCUGGUCGCAGCUCAUUGGCCGAAAGGUCGGCGACUUCUGUGAGAUGGAGCUGUUCGAGGGCGAGGCCAUCGUCCAGGUGUCGGGGAAGUACGGCCGCUUCAUCCAGCAGCUGGUGUUCGUCACCAGCAGGGGGCGCUUCCUGAUGGCCGGCCAGCCCUCCUACCACUCCUUCAACAUGUACCCGGCCCACCAGGACGCCGAGCUGGUGUUCGUCAGCACUCGGUACCGGGGGGCCCUGACCGCCUUCGCAGCCCACUGGGCCGUGGUGAAGGAGGGCCGCUGGUGAGACCAGAGAGGAACCAGCUCACCGUCCGCCCUCCGUCUUUACCUUCAAACCUCUCAGCCCUGUAGCUCAGGAUGUAAAGGAUGAUUUAAAGGCACCUAUCAGAGGGCAGCAGGUGGGCAUCCUGCAGGUGCUGCACCAGCAGACAGAACUUUAUGAACACCGGGCUGCACUCGUGAAGGAAAUGAAGAAAUGUUCUGACAAACUCAUACAAGGUUUACCUUACAUAUAUAUAUAAUGUAAAUAUAAACCAACGUCUCAGGUCUGUUUCUCUGGAACUUUGUCCAUUUGUUCUUCGUGUUACUGUGAAAUUUGCACAAAUCAGGUUUUGCUCUUUUUUGCACAAAUGUAGGAAAACACUGAAUAAAACCUGCUUCAUUUGCACAUCAGAA